AUGCAGGAGAUCGCCCUCGAAGUCACCGCUGCCACCGAUAUGCAAGGGAGAAACUUCUCGCUGUUCAUUCUUGACGAACCGGAGGCUGCUGUGACCUUUGCCCUGCGACGCGAUACAUUCGGCGAUGAUCGCAUAUUCAAGGAAGGUUCCGACUUUAUUGUUUGCGACGCUGGAGGUGGCACUGUCGAUGUGAUCACGUACCGUGUGCGGCAGACAGAUCCCUUUCGGUUCGAUGAAAUAACAACCCCCACCGGAAAGGACUGUGGUUCCAGCUACAUCAACCAAGCCCUGGCCAGAGACUCCAGACGCAGGCUAGCAGAUGUCGAUUUGGGAAGCGACACGGAGUACUCCAAGGACGCUGCAAUCGAAACUGAUCUCUUACGCGAGUUCGAGUACGAGGUGAAGCGAAGAUACAACCCGGAUGACCUUGAGGAUGGUGACUGCGUGAAGCUUCGCUUAUUGGGGCUGAAGGCUGACCCGUCCAGAAACUUUGGCCAGGGGCUGCUGUUGGUACCAAAGGAGCAGAUGAACAGCUAUUUUGAGAGAAGCAUCACAGGGACCGUAUCACUGAUCCGGGAACAAUUACGACAGGCAGAGGCGGGGGGUGUCAAGACUCUUUUGCUUGUUGGUGGAUUUUCGCGCUCACCGGCGCUCCGCAAACGCCUGCAGAGCGAGUUUACGACAUUGCAAAUCGUGGAACCAGAGGAUGAUGUGCCCAUGGAGAAUGCUGUCUCGCGUGGUGGCUUGCUCAGGGCGUUGAACAAAGACGAUGGCCCUCGCCGCAAGCUGCGACUGAACCUGGGGGUUUGCGUGACCGAGGAAUACAACCCCAGGUUUUGGGGACACCGUGCCAGCCAGCCCUUUUACCAUCCGCUCAACGGCAAGAAAUACGUCAAGGAGUGCAUUGAGUGGGCAAUAAGGAAGGAUUGUGUCCUGGGUGAGGGCAAAAACGCGAGCAUCCUCAUGCACCGGGUCUUUGAUGUGGAUGCCGAGAUGGCUGCCUACGAGACCUUGUACUUCUCGGACCAAAUGGUCCAUCCACACUAUGAAAAGGACCACUGGCGCAAUAGUGGGCAUCGCGAAGCGGGCGUCGUCGAGGCCAGCCUGGACUUCCUGCGAGAACACCUGAUCCAACCAAAGAUAAACGACAAAGGCAAGGAGUACUAUGUGGUUGACUACAGUUUAGAACUCGAGGUCAACGGCCGGAACAUGAAGGCGUUGAUCCGCUAUCCCCCAGGACAGCAAGUGCAAGGCGAGAACCAGAUUUGCAUUGCUGCUGCUUUUAGACCCGGAACGAAAUGA